AUGCGCACAACAACCCUCAUCACAGGCCUCGUCCUGGCCUUCUCUCCUCUUCUGGUAUCCUCUGCAGGCACAUUGGGCUUCGCACUGGGCGACAAAAGGGCNGACGGAUCAUGCAAGUUCCAGGCUGACUACGAAGCCGACUUCGAUGCCAUCAAGAGCAACUCUGGCAGCACCAUCGUACGAAUCUAUGCCGCCAGUGACUGCAACACAGCUCAACAGAUCUUGCCUGCCGCAAAGUCCAAGGGCUUCAGAGUCGUUCUGGGUGUCUGGCCUGAUGUGGAUCAGAGCCUCCAAGCCGACAAGCAGGCCCUGCAGACAUAUGUUCCUCAAUACCGCGAUCAGGUCUAUGGCGUGACAAUCGGCUCGGAGACACUCUACCGCAAGACCUUCACAGGCCCUCAGCUGCUGGAAAAGAUCAAUGAUGUUAGAUCAGUGCUGCCUCAAGGCGUCAAGGUCGGCACAGCAGACAGCUGGAACAAGUUUGCGGAUGGCACGGCCGAUGCUGUCAUCAAGGGAGGAGUCGANUUUUUGCUGGCUAAUGGCUUUGCAUACUGGCAAGCAUCGCCUAUCUCCAAUGCCACCUACACUUUCUUUGACGAUACCCAACAAGCUCUUGGUCAUAUCCAGAGUGUCUCGGGCUCUCUUAAUGCAAUCGAAUUCUGGGUUGGCGAGACUGGUUGGCCUACUGAUGGAUCCAACUAUGGCGCUGCCAUCGCAGGCACGAAGAACGCACAAACAUACUUCGACGAUGCCGUCUGCGGAAUGAUCUCAUGGGGUGUCAAUGUCUUCGUCUUCGAGGCAUUCGACGAGCCUUGGAAGCCUCACGCUAUCGGUGAUAGCGGAUCUGCUGGUGAUGAGACUCAUUGGGGCGUCAUGAACGUUGAUCGCAGCACAAAGUUCCCACUGACCUGUUAG